GACGGUCCACAAAUAUUCCAAUAGCGUGAAUACGUUUUUGUAGUCAAUUAUACAAUUAACUUCAUCUGAUGAUUGCAUCAAUUUCUUGCAUAAUUCGGAAUUCAUAAAUGAUGCCUCUAUGAGCCUUCAAAGGGAAUCGAAAUAUAAAAAUUAUCUUCAACCGAUUGUUUUUAAAAAUGGUUCUUACAAAGGACGACGUUGAGGACAUAGUAAAAUUGUUGUUGAUCAACAAUCAAAAAGAUGUUCAAGGAUACGUAAUCGCCACACUCUAUUUCAAAAUUGGCGAGUAUCACAACGCUCUAAAAUACGUUUCCAGGUAUUUGUGUAUCGAGCCAAAUUCGUUCCACGCUAACAAACUGCAAGGAGAAUGCUAUGAAAAACUAAAUAGAAAUGACGACGCAUUAAAAUCGUUCAAAAAAGCACUUAAAUCGGUGGACAAAAAGAACGAUUUAGAACACUCAGGCGAAAAUCAGAAUGUUGACGAAAUUAGAAAAAAAAUGGGAAAAAUCGAAAUAUUCUCGUCUUCAGUAGUCAAUGGAAAGGGACGUUCUACAGCGAAGACUGAAUCAAUCGAAGUGAUGGUAGAGGCGGCGCACUCAUCAACAUCAACAUCUACACCCAAAGCGAACACAAAUGACGACGGUACAUGUUCUGAAAUAACAUUCGAAUUCCGCGUGAACCAUAUUACAUCCCUGGACUGCGCUAAUUGCUCUGAAACAUUCUGCUUCCAAAACCUAUUGUGGAGAAUAGUAGUGAUGCCGUAUAGGGACCUUGGAGCCUGCCGUUCGUUAUCUGUUUAUUUGAUUUGCGAUGGACGAAGCGACUUAUCACAGUGGUCUUGUCACGUGGAUGCGGAAAUACGUCUGUUAUCAGUGCGACCGAACCAGUAUCCUUGCGAGAGAAAAACUCGUCAUUUAUUUUCGAAAACGGCGGAUGCAUGGGGCUUUCCGGCAUUUUUGUCUUGGUAUGAUGCUGUGAGGCCUGACGGAAAUUACAUGCGAGAUGACUGCAUUACUGUACAGGUGUAUCUUAAGGUUUUACAGUAGUGCUCCCAUUGGGUUGUUUGUUUUGAUUGUUAUGAAUAGUUUGAAUUAGUUUCUAAUCCGCGUAAGUUGAGCUCUUUGUCUAAAAUGAAAUAUUACAUUGCCGUUGCCUCAUUUAGAUCUUCUAAUUCUUUAAAUUAAUUCGAAUCGUUUUGAAUGUAAAUGAAGUUUUGUCACAAGGUCUGGAAGUUAAAUGCUGAAAUUAAUAUGCGUGAAUGUUAUGUAAUUCAAUGAAUUUACUUUUUUAUUAA